AUGUGUGGCGGGAUCAGCCAGUAUAACACCAAGAAUGUACAGGGCCCGAAGAAUUAUCUGAUGAUUGUGGCGAUGCGGAUCCGGAUGGAGGGAUUUGUGGUGUUUGAUUUCCAAAAGGAGUAUCCGAAGGCGUUGCGGGAGUUGGCGGGUUGGUUGGCGGAGGGGAAGAUUCAGAGGAGGGAGACGGUGAUCAAGGGUGGGUUGGGGAAGGCGGAGCAGGCGCUUGUGGAUUUGUAUAGGGGGGUGAAUACGGGGAAGUUGAUUGUGCAGGUUAAGGACGGGGGAGAUGAGGAAAGUUUGAGGGCGAGUUUGUAG